CAUCUUUAUUUUCAUCGGAGGGCGCGGUUAUUGUGUGAUAAGUUCAGUGGUACCUAAACUCGUGUUUCCUUACUCUGUAGGGUCCGUUGGUCAGCAACCCUACCAACACAUCUCGCAGCGGUGACGAAGAGAUCUGCAGUGACGACAUACCAGAUGCGAUCGAGGUUACGUGCGACUUGGAGCUGCCCGACGGCGCUAUUAUUUGCGAGGUUAAUCUCACACAAUACAUGAAGCGCUGCCUACAAGAGAUCAAGCAAGAGGAAGACCUGAAGGUUGCAUCACAUUCAGAUGAGAUAUUACUCUUAAAUAAUAUCCUCAUAUGCCACGAGGAUCAAGAGCCAGGGCCCAUUGUCAAGCGAUCCGGCCUAUAUGCUGCGCUCUUGGAGCUACGAAAGGAGCAGGACAUGGAUGAGCAUCAGCUUCCAGGACAAGAUCAACUGGAACUUCUUGAAGUUGCACGGAAACUCGCUAAAUUUUCAGCAACCGCGCGGCCAGCAGAUGUUGUCUUCCCAGAGUACAAGCCAGGAGCUACGGACUACAACUGCGGUCUGGAGGCUAUGUAUGCCUUCGCCAGUCAUGUACAGGCUGUGCCAUCAACUUCAUGUGAAGCGGACUUCACUGUCCAUUACGUGGCUUCCAUGUUGUCGGCGUUGCAAGGAAGAGACCACAACUUUACUUAUGACACCCUAUCCACCCAUGUCAAAACAAGACGGCCAGAUGUGACACUAAGCGUUGACGGCAAGGAAAUUUUCUUUUGCAAGAUCACCUCUCAAAAAAGGGCAGGCGAGAAAAAAAAGGUCUCUUUGGAUCUCAUCCGCCUCGGCCGAUUUAUGAAGGCGGCUAUCAACAGUGGCGUGAGUAAGCCCAUCGGUGUCCUUGUGGCAGGUAGUUCAUUUUUCUUCGGCGAGUGGC